AUGGCAGGAGAGGCGAGGCGAGGAAGCAACAAGGGGGAGAGAAGGAGGGACAAGAACGAGCAAGUGCAGGGGGAGAGAAGGAGGGACAAGAACGAGCAAGUGCAGGGGGAGAGAAGGAUGAAGGGUUCGAAGCUUGCAGCAGCGUCUCUCGAUCAGAACAAGUUUCAAAGUGAUCCUCCCUUGCUCACAGUUUCUAUCUUACCCUCUGAUGUCUACAGCCUCAAACUUGAUGAUCAACCAUCUCGCAUUGAUUAUCAUGCCAUCGCAAGAUCUAUGCUCUUCCUCGCGCCGAAGGCUUCAAGUCAAAGCUCAUGCGGCACAAAGGAUGGGGUGCUGGAAGACGCAUGCAAGGCAGCUGCGAAGAUCUCAAGUCCCUCUGAUGCUCCUUGCUCUUUCAGUCAAGGCCAGCAGGACCAGGACACCGCGCUACCAUGUGCUGCUGAAGCAACAUCUGUGUUGUCCGUCAAUCGAGGAGAAAAGAAGAAACAGAUGAUAGUAGCCAAGGAUCCUAGUAGCAUUCUUAUUCACGAAGAUGGGCUGAUAGGGCUCAAACCAAACUUCGAAACAAAAAACAUCCGAUUGAUUGAGCCGAAAGCGUCAAGUGCGAGUUGUUGGCGGAGACUAGUUGCGGAUGAAACUCACGGCGACAUCUUGAAAGCGUCUGAAGCAUCGUUGAAGAACUUGAUCGAACCGAAGCCCUUGGUUAAACAUGUUCACUUCGAUGACUGCACGACGUUGCUUCUUGUAGACAAGGACGUGAGCGAUGGCGAAAAAGGAGUUGAGGAGGGAGCAGGGCGACAUGCUGAGGCAGAGGGGUUGAUGAAUGAAGAUGGAGAGUUAGGAGCGAACCAGCGUCCUGACGGCGAACGCGAUUACGAUGGCGAUGAAGUUGAAUCAUCCAAGAGGAUGACAAGGAGGAGGCUGUACAAGAAAAGAGUGAGGAAGAAACGCUACACGCCGAGCGGCUUCAAGUUGCCCAAGAUCGACGAGGAGGAUGCUGAAGACUCAGACAGACGGAGCCUCGUCUCUGACCUUCGCUCUGCAUUGACGUUUCUCCGUCAGAACGCAUGGACCUCCAAAAAGAUUGCAGAUGGAGGAGGGGAUGGUCAGGGACGAGAGUCUGAAGCAGUUGUGGCACAGGGAUGGCAGGAGGGAAUCAGCGACAAGGAAUACGAGCACGUGUCUAGCGGGGACGCGUCCUGGUGCUGCGGGGCCGACAUGGUGCUGCGAGAACACGACGAGAAGUUGGAGGGAGUCAGGAGCGUGUGGGACAGCAAGUUCGUGGAAGAGAUGGAGCUGGCGGAGGAAGAGAGCGUGCGCGGACCUUUCUCGGGGGGGCAUCGCAGCCUCGUGCUCUACGUGUGCAACGUCACUUCCCUCCCUCUCGUCCUCGCCGCUCAUGAGACCUCACAGCGAUGCCGAUGGCCCAUGCAACCCCCUGCCAAGAUUGACCCCGGGAAGCAGGUCUGCAUGGCUUGUGAGACUCGCGGCAGUCUCUUCACCCUCAUCGACGGCAGCGUCACCUACAAGGCCUCGCUUGAGAGUGGCCUCUCGCAGUUUGUCUCCUUCACCGUGCGGUGGCAGACGGCGGUGGGAGCAUGGAUCAAGUACAGCAGCUCGAGUGCGCAGGGCUGGGGGGUGGAGAGGGAGUACAGGAAGGGGAACCAAGGGAGGCACAUCGUCACCCGCUGCUUCUUUACCCGCAAGUUCAGCCCGAUGAGUCUCGGACUGCGAGACCUGACGCUAGGAGGACGAGAGCUCGGGUUUGUGAUGCUCGACACUUCACUGGACGAGAGGAUCGCAAGUCGAUUUCAUUGCACAACUGAGAGAACGGCAGCGAUCAGCGCAUGGCUCAAGAGCUUGCUCGAAGGCUCUCACGCGCAUCGCCUUCACUUGGUGAUCCUCCUGGGGGUACACGCGCAAGACAGCAAGACGAGCCUGAUGAACACGCUUGCGGGGGAGAUGGGAUUCCACCACCUCCUCUCGCAUGUGGGGCCGCGUUCACUCGGAAUCACUAGAGACAGCGGCAUCCUGGUUGCCUCGCGUCAUCCGCUCCUCUGGCAGAGCUUCGCUCCCUUCCCCAAGCAUGAAGGCUGCAGUCAUCCGGCUCUAGCACUCCCCAGGGGAGCUUACGGCGGCGUCGCUUCGAUGCUCGUUGACGUGACAUCUGUUGGCUCUCUCGCUGAUUCUCAUUUUCAGCUUCUCCCUGGCAUGAAGCUUCUCCUGUCCGUCACUUCCCUUCCUGCGCAGCCUCUCCUUCAUUCUGCCGCAACCUCAGCGCUGCUGGAGGCGAUAAAGACUUGCAGCUCUUUGGGAGGGGAGGGGAGCAUGGGCCUUGUUUUAUGCGGCAAGUUCGAGUCUUAUCCUCUCCUCCGCCUCCCACAUGCCGACAGUCCUCGACUCAUCCUUCGAGACCUUUACCCGUCAAACCAUGCCGACUGCCAUCAGCGGCUGCCGUCCGUGGGAGCUCUAAGCGGGUCAGACAAGACCAACACCUGGGAUCGCUUCCGCAACUCUCUCGCUGCCUCCGCAUGCGAAAACAAGCAAGGGAGGAUGGGAGCAAGCAAGCUGGAGGGUGGAUUGGGUGGAGGCGUAGCAGGGCUGGAGGAUCAAGUAGCAGAGGCGGCGGCGACUGCAGCAAGAAACCUGAAGGAGGUUCGUGGCUGCAACGAUGGAUACCGCAGAGACACUCGACUUGGAGAGAAGAAGCAAUGCCGCGAGGGGCUGGCGACCUGA